AACAGAGGGGGCACCUCAGCCAGCCAACGCUGGAUUUAAUCUAGCUAGAAGCAGCGAAAGCAGCUAUUUGAAAAAUCACUGGGUUCUGAGUUCAUUACUACAGGAAAACUGUUCUCUCCUGGGGCACAGAGAACUUACUUCGGAGCAGCCCUACCAGCUCGGAAGUCCGGCCGGAUAAAACGCAUCGUGGAGGAUAAUGGCUACCUAUGUCCUGCAAAUCGCUGGACUGGUGCUUGGUGGUGUAGGCCUGGUGGGCACAGUGGCUGUCACCAUCAUGCCUCAGUGGAGAGUGUCUGCCUUCAUUGAAAGCAACAUUGUGGUUUUUGAAAACCUCUGGGAAGGACUGUGGAUGAAUUGCAUGAGGCACGCUAAUAUCAGAAUGCAGUGCAAAGUCUAUGAUUCCCUGCUGGCUCUCUCUCCGGACCUACAGGCAUCCAGGGGACUCAUGUGUACUGCUUGUGUGCUGGCCUUCCUGGCUUUCAUGACGGCCAUCCUUGGCAUGAAGUGUACCAGGUGCACCGGGGACGACGAGAAGGUGAAGGGUUACGUCCUGCUCACGGCUGGAAUCAUCUUCAUCAUCACAGGCAUGAUGGUGCUCAUCCCUGUGAGCUGGGUUGCCAAUUCCAUCAUCAGAGAUUUCUACAACCCCAUAGUGGAAGUUGCCCAGAAACGUGAGCUUGGAGAAGCCCUCUAUAUAGGCUGGACCACAGCGCUGAUGCUGAUUGUUGGCGGGGCACUCUUCUGUUGUGUUUCUUGUUGCACUGAAAAGAGCAGCAGCUACAGAUACUCUGUACCUUCCCAUCGCACAACCCAAAAAAGCUAUCACGUGGAGAAGAAGUCACCAAGCGUGUACUCCAGAAGUCAGUAUGUGUAGUUGUGUAUAUUUUUUAACUUUACCUACAAAGCCAUGCAGGUGACUAAAAUGUCCACUAUUUUCUACAAAUGGAACACAAAGGAACAUUGAUUUGCUGUUCUUAACUGCUCAACAUUAAUCACCGGAACGGUGCAUGAGCUAUUUAUGAUUCUAUAAGCUGUUUCAGCAGAAUGAGAUAUUCCACAGCCUGCUUUGAUUAUUCUAAGAAGUACAGUAAUUUGUUUUCUGAAAUGGUUCAUGCAUCUUUUCUUUUUAUCGGUUACUUCAAAAUGACAUUGUUAAAGACUAUUAUUUUACGACUGUGAUUUCUCUAUGACAUGGCAUUAUGUAUGUAGAUGAGAGUGACAUUUGUAUCUCACAUAAAUAGAGACAGGCUUAUGUGGUUCUAUUUUAAAUGAAAUACUGAUCCAUUAAACUGAAUAAAUAGAAUUCAACUAUUGCUUUCCUGGGGAAUUGGGGAUAAGAUUGAAGAAGGUUAAUAUUAAUUGUUUAAAAAUGGCUUAGUGAUUAAUGCACUUGAUUUAUAAUGAAGGUUAAAAUGAAGGCUUUAAUCAGCAGUGUAAAGGAAAUUAAUUGACUUUCUGAUAUCCUAUUUUUUAGCCUAAGAGUUAGAAAUUCUAACUCCUUUAUCCUCUUUCCCCAGAGACCUUCCUUUUCUUGUAUAUUAAAUUAACAUCUUUUAAAAGGCAGACAUUUGUCAAGGGGCUUUGCAUUCCAACUGCUUUUCCAGAGCUGUACUAAGAAGAAAGAUAAAACUGCGGUCUAAGAAACAUGAAAGACCUCAGGAAAGGGAAAUUUUCUUUCCUCUUAAGUUUCUGUGGUUGGAGAAGGAUGCAUUUUGACAAGAAAUCAUACAUAUAUAUGUGAAUAUUUUAAUAACUAUUUGAAUACUGACUUUGGGCUUUUAUCAACAUAAAUAACCGAACAGAAAAA